UCCAAACAUGUUAACUCGUGCCAAUUUUUGAGUCGUCUUGUCUAAUCCUAACACACCCCUAAUAUAUUGUAAUUUCCUUUUAUUUACCAUUUUCUUAAAAUAAUUCCAAUUGAGUCCAAUGACUCCUCACUUCACACUCAAAUAAUCAAUAAAUAGCAAAAAAAAAAAAAAAAACUCUUUCAUCUUCUGCACUUCACUUCUUCUUCUUCCACAAGUUAUUAAUCUCAAGAAAAAAAACACACUUUCAAGUUUCAAGCUUCAAAAAAUAAAAACAAAAAUGGUAGAUAGAAACAAAGAUUACAGAGUCGAAGUUCGAAAAACCCAUGAAGAAACAGGCUUCACAAACGCAUGGUAUCCAGCCACAAUCAUUACUCCUCGUACCAACCCAUUAAAGAAGAGAAAAUGUAACAAAAACAAAGAAGAAGAACAACAAAACAAAGACAACUCUUCAACAGUUGUCGUUGAAUAUCACACCAACAUCAUUAUCAGUGGCCAAACCAAAAAGAAAAAACGCCAAGUGGAAAGGGUCGACAGGUCUUUGAUAAGACCUUUGCCACCUUCUCAUACUGAGCCUCAGCUUGAUAAGCCAUUUGAGCCAAACGACGUCGUUGAUGUCUUAAACGACGAUGGUGUGUGGUGUACUGGUGUUGUGCUCUCUCUUCACAAUGACAAUUGCUCUGUUUUCUUUAAGGAAACUCCUGAUGUUAAGGAUUUUCACCUUUCUAAGCUCAGACCUCAUUGGGAUUGGGUUGAACAACAAUGGGUUAUUUCUCCAAAACAGGAAAUACUAUACUCAAAAUUCAAACCAGGAACAUCAGUAGAACUGAGACAUAAUAUGGUUGCACAUGCAUGGAUCCCAGCUACUAUUAUUGGUGAAAAGGGUACAGAUUCUGUUGUAGUGAGAUAUGAUAAGAAUAAUAAAGCUGUGAAAAUUACUGUACAUCUAGACAUGAUUAGGCCUCAGCCUCCUCAAUUGAGCAAUGAUAAAGAUUUUAAGUUGAUGGAAAAGGUUGAUGCUUUAUGUGAAUCUAGUUAUUGGUUGGUUGGAACAAUCACUUCAAUUCUGUUACAAAGAAAGUAUGCUGUUAAUUUUGGUACCUAUAAGAAUAGAAAUGAGAUUGUAUUUAAUCACUCUCAACUGAGAUUUCACUUGGAUUGGGUAAAUGGACAAUGGAUUACCAAUUCAGGGGAGGUUAUAUCUACACCUACAAAACAAAUUCCAGCCACAAAAGACAUUGAGUCACCUUCUUAUUCGGGUUGCGAAUUCAAUGUUGCUGAUAGUGAAAUACCUUGUUCAACCAACAAAGAUGACAUUCAAAUUAAAGAGUUGCUAUUCUCAGCUACUGCCAUGAAUGAUGAAGAAGCCGGUUCCCCGAAAUCAAAUGGCAAUGUAGAAGAAUUUGGUAAAUCUAACAUGUUAGUCGAGUUUGACAUUUCUGGUUUGCUAUCUUUUGAGGAGGGUGAUCAAAAUCAAAAUAGUAAAACAGAGAAGAGGAAAGAACAAUAUGAAUUGCAAGUUGCGAAUUCUCAAGGUAACACUAAUGAGGAAAGAAAAAGUACUCCUUUUGUGAAAAGAUCAAAUGUUUGGGAAAUGGUCGAAUCGUUUGAAGUGUUCCAAAAACUACCACAGAAGCCUCAUUUUCAUCCAUUGUUGAAUGAGGAAGACGAUGAAUUCGAACGAGAAGCAUUAGCUUUGAGUUAUAUGGUCAAGUUUGCUGUUUUGAUUGAGAAGGUUUUCAAUUUAGGAAAAGAUGUUAGUAUGGCUGAGAUUGAUUAUUUAAUAGCACAAUUAUUUGAAAUGGGAAAAUUGGGAUUUGAGGUGAAUGUAGUAAAGAAUAAUUUGAAUGAGUGGAAAAUGAAGAAAGUUGAGUUGGAAGAGUUGAAAAUUCAGAUCACAUUGCAUAAUGAGAAAAAGGUGAAAAUUGAUGAGGAGUUGAAGAUACUUGAAAAGAAACAAUCUUUGCUUAUGUCUCAAAGUGCUUAUGAAGAAGAACAAGUGAGUAAGUUGAUUGCAGAAGCAACUAAGAUUAAUGAAGCUUUUUCUUCUAUAAUGGAAAGCUCCAAAUUCUGCUAUGAUCAAUGAAGCCAUUUUUGAUAUAAUCUUCAAGACUGGUAAAUAUUUUGUGUGUUUUGUUUCAACUGUGAAGACUGGUUGACUUUUGUUUAUAGAUAAGAUAAUGAUGGUGGUGGUCUUUUGGUGUUUUUUUGACUGUAGCAUUGGUGUGCUUAAGUUAGUUAAUCUACUUAGGUACUAGAAUUUUCAUAUGAACAAGUUCUAAAUUAUGUUACUCUUUUGGGGGUUCAAAUGAAAUUAUGAACAAGUUCUAAAUUAUAGUGAAUUUUGGCUGUGAAAGUAUAUGAUCUUGAUAAUUUGGAAUUGUGCUAAUUCAGUUAUUGUAAGAAAUAGUGGAACUUGAUUUACCUGUCAA